AUGGGGACGUGCAAGAUCGUGUCGAGGGGGAUGGGCCAGCUCAGGCUCCACCCAGUACUAUUGCCCCCCCCUGUGCUUCAAGAUACCUUGGCUCGUAUGUUAGGAAUCCUAGAGGGGAUGGCCCAGGCAGGAGCUUUGCCUGUCACUUCUGAUGGCUCACAGACACGUGUUGGAGGCCAAACUCCAGACCCGAUAGUUGCUCCAGAUUCUCAGACUCCCAUGACUCAGCCACCUGCCGCCGUAGCUCCUCAUUUGGAUAGUAUGGAGUUUCCAGAUAUGACAUCACAUUUGGUGAACAGGCAUUCUAUGACUAUUGAUGAGCAAAAGAUGUUUGGGAGGUUCAGACUAAUGAAUCCUCCUACUUAUACUGGUGACUUAGCUGAGGAUGCAUAUGAAUAUAUAGUUAGUUGUCAUAAGAGGUUGCAUAAUCUUGGAUUAGUGGAGUCUCAUGGAGUUUACUACACAGCGUUUCAGAUGACUGGCGCUACGAAGCAGUGGUGGACGAAUUAUAUUAGUAGUAGGCCAGCUGGAUCCCAUCCAUUAUCCUGGACUCAGUUUACUCAGGUAUUUCUAUCCAAAUUUGUUCCACGCAGUGAAAGGGAGCGCAAGAGGGCCGAGUUUGAGGGUUUGCAGCAAAAUGGUAUGUCAGUUGCAGAGUAUGAGGGUAAAUUUCAUGCCUUGGCUAGGCAUGAUUCGAUGAUACUUCCCACAGAGACUGAGAGAGUGAGAAGUUUUGUUAAGGUGCUGAUUAUUCCGAUCCGUCUAGGAGUUUCUCAGCGAGAGGGAAAGAGGACUCGUUAUUCAGGUGAUUAUGGUGGUGCUCCGCCUAGGAGUCGGGGUUACUUGGGCAGAGGUUAUCACCUUCAGUCCAGCAGACCCAUUCAUGCUGCUAUACCAACGUUUGACGCUGGUUACGCUUGGCAUAAAUCUUCGAGCUCGGUGCAUACUUCGCAGGGUUCACCUUCUAGACCUGUAGUUCGUGGAGGGCAUUCUGGUCAUUCAGGUUCCUCUCAUCAGCCUGCGUCUCGUACGGGCUGUUUUGAGUGUGGUGAUAUGGGAAACUUUGUGAGAGAUUACCCUAGGGCCAGACGUGAUGGCUUACAUCAAGGUUCUCAGGCUUCGACUUCUAGGGCUGCACAACCUCCGGCUAGGGGUGGUGCACAGAAUGGUAGAGGUGGUUCUCAUUCAGGUAGGCCAGAGGCUAAAGCCUUAGAUGCUGUUAUCACAGGUAUUAUUUUGGUUUGUCAUCGACCAGCUACUGUAUUAUUUGAUCCAGGCUCUACUUAUUCUUAUGUGUCCACAUAUUUUGCUCCUAGUCUAGAUAUAUUGUGUGAGUCUCUUGAUUUGCCGAUACGUGUUUCUACUCCUGUGGGGGAUUUUGUAGUUGUAGAUCGGGUGUAUCGAUUAUGUACUGCUACUUUGAUGGUGUAUGACACUCAUGCAUAUUUAAAGGUCUUAGAUAUGAUAGAUUUUGAUGUGAUUCUAGGUAUGGAUUGGUUAUCUUCUUACUACGCAAUUUUAGAUUGUCAUGCCAAGACCAUCACUUUAGCUAUGCCUGGAAUUCCUAUAGUAGAAUGGAGAGGUUCUCUUAGUCACCCUUCUAAGGGUGUGAUAUCAUUCCUUAAGGCUCGUCCAUUGUCUAUUCCAGUAGUGAGUGAAUUUUCAGAAGUAUUUCCGACCGAUUUGCCAGGUCUUCCACCAGAUCGUGAUAUUGAUUUUUGUAUUGAUGUGGAGCCAGGCACUCGGCCUAUUUCCAUUCCUUCUUAUCGUAUGGCACCGGCUGAAUUGAAAGAGUUGAAGGGGCAGUUGCAGGAUUUGUUGAGCAAAGGUUUUAUUAGACCGAGUGUAUCUCAUUGGGGUGCUCCAGUGUUAUUUGUGAAUAAGAAAGAUGGAUCUAUCCGUAUGUGUAUUGACUAUCGACAAUUCAACAAGCUAAAGGUUAGGGCGGAGGAUAUCCCUAAGAUAGCUUUUCGAACAUGUUAUGGCCAUUACGAGUUUUUGGUGAUGUCUUUUGGAUUGACUAAUGCCCCUGCAGCUUUUAUGGACUUGAUGAAUGGAGUUUUCAGACCGUAUUUGGAUUCCUUUGUUAUUGUCUUCAUAGAUGAUAUAUUGAUAUACUCACGCACUAAGGAGGAACAUGAACAUCAUUUGAGGAUCGUGCUUGGGAUUCUAAAGGAGAAGAAGCUUUAUGCAAAGUUUUCAAUGUGUGAGUUUUGGCUUAGUUCUGUAGCAUUCUUGGGACAUGUAGUGUCCAAGGAGGGUAUCAUGGUGGAUCCUAAGAAUAUUGAGACGGUUAGAGAUUGGGUCAGACCUGCUUCAGUUACUGAGAUUCAGAGUUUCUUGGGCCUUGCAGGUUAUUAUCGACGGUUUGUUGAGGGUUUCUCAUCCAUUGCAUCUCCAUUAACUAGAUUGACACAGAAGGAGGUGACUUUUCAGUGGUCUGACGAAUGUGAGGUUAGUUUCCAAAAGCUCAAGACAUUAUUGACUACUGCUCCGAUUUUGACCCUACCCGUGGAGGAAGAGGGUUUUGUUGUAUAUUGUGAUGCUUCUCGGAUUGGUCUUGGUUGUGUAUUAAUGCAGAAGGGAAAAGUGAUAGCUUAUGCUUUGAGACAGUUGAAGGUUCAUAAGAAGAAUUAUCCUAUUCAUGAUUUUGAGUUGGCGGCUGUCGUGUUUGCAUUGAAAAUUUGGAGGCAUUAUCUUUAUGGCAAGGCAAAUGUUGUAGCAGAUGCCUUGAGUCGAAAGGCGGUAAGUAUGGGUAAUCUAGCCAUGUUACAGGUCGACGAGCGUCCUUUAGCUAGGGAUGUCCAUUCCUUGGCCAAUAGCUUUGUGAGAUUUGAUAUUUCAGAAUCUGAUAAGUUGUUGGCUUAUAUGGAGGCUAGGUCAUCCUUGUUGGAGAAGAUUCGGGCUCAACAGUUUGAUGAUGGUGAUUUAUGUAAGAUUAGGGACAAGGUGUUAAAAGGAGAAGCCAAGGUUGCACUCUUUAUAGUGAGGGAGUUUUGA